GUCAGUGUGCCCCUGUUAUGUAGCCCAGUCAGUGUGCCCCCUGUUAUGGAGCCCAGUCAGUGUGCCCCUGUUAUGGAGCCCAAUUAGUGUGCCCCUGUUAUGGAGCCCAGUCAGUGUGCCCCUGUUAUGGAGCCCAGUCAGUGUGCCCCUGUUAUGUAGCCCAGUCAGUGUGCCCCCUGUUAUGGAGCCCAGUCAGUGUGCCCCUGUUAUGGAGCCCAGUCAGUGUGCCCCUGUUAUGUAGCCCAGUCAGUGUGCCCCCUGUUAUGGAGCCCAGUCAGUGUGCCCCUGUUAUGGAGCCCAGUCAGUGUGCCCCUGUUAUGGAGCCCAGUCAGUGUGCCCCUGUUAUGUAGCCCAGUCAGUGUGCCCCUGUUAUGUAGCCCAGUCAGUGUGCCCCUGUUAUGGAGCCCAGUCAGUGUGCCCCUGUUAUGUAGCCCAGUCAGUGUGCCCCUGUUAUGUAGCCCAGUCAGUGUGCCCCUGUUAUGGAGCCCAGUCAGUGUGCCCCUGUUAUGGAGCCCAGUUAGUGUGCCCCCUGUUAUGGAGCCCAGUCAGUGUGCCCCCUGUUAUGGAGCCCAGUCAGUGUGCCCCUGUUACGGAGCCCAGUCAGUGUGCCCCUGUUAUGUAGCCCAGUCAGUGUGCCCCCUGUUAUGGAGCCCAGUCAGUGUGCCCCUGUUAUGGAGCCCAAUUAGUGUGCCCCUGUUAUGGAGCCCAGUCAGUGUGCCCCUGUUAUGGAGCCCAGUCAGUGUGCCCCUGUUAUGUAGCCCAGUCAGUGUGCCCCCUGUUAUGGAGCCCAGUCAGUGUGCCCCUGUUAUGGAGCCCAGUCAGUGUGCCCCUGUUAUGUAGCCCAGUCAGUGUGCCCCCUGUUAUGGAGCCCAGUCAGUGUGCCCCUGUUAUGGAGCCCAGUCAGUGUGCCCCUGUUAUGUAGCCCAGUCAGUGUGCCCCCUGUUAUGGAGCCCAGUCAGUGUGCCCCUGUUAUGGAGCCCAAUUAGUGUGCCCCUGUUAUGGAGCCCAGUCAGUGUGCCCCUGUUAUGGAGCCCAGUCAGUGUGCCCCUGUUAUGUAGCCCAGUCAGUGUGCCCCCUUUAUGGAGCCCAAUUAGUGUGCCCCUGUUAUGGAGCCCAGUCGGUGUGCCCCUGUUAUGUAGCCCAGUCAUUGUGCCCCUGUUACGUAGCCCAGUCAGUGUGCCCCUGUUAUGGAGCCCAAUCAGUGUGCCCCUGUUAUGGAGCCCAGUCAGUGUGCCCCUGUUAUGUAGUCCGAUCACUGUGCCCCUGUUAUAGAGCCCAGUGAGUAUGCCCCUAUUAUGGAGCCCAGUCAGUGUGCCCCUGUUAUGGAGCCCAGUCAGUGUGCCCCUGUUAUGUAGCCCAGGCAGUGUGCUCCUGUUAUGGAGCCCAGUCAGUGUGCCCCUGUUAUGUAGCCCCCACAGUAAUGUGGUGUGAUAUGCAGGCUGCUCAGCAAUGGAGCGUCUGUCAUACCGAGCCCCCAGAGUAAUGGGGUGUUUGUUGUUCCCCGCAGCUCUGGGAGGGAAGGCAGCGGCGCGAAAGAGCCAGGAUGAGCUGGUCAGGAAGGGGCUGGCAGAAAUUCUCAAGGCAGACUCUGCACUGGCCUGCGGGACAAGCCCAGAGGAGCCUGGCACUCCCACUCAAGAGCAGUCGGACGGGGAGGAGAGAGAUGAGGAGUCCCUUGUUUCUCAGGUCAAUCUGAAGAACAUGGAGGACCUGGGAUCUGAGGAAGACUCCUGUCCAGUGCGGCAUUCCUCAGAGGAUGAUGAGGUCGCAGUGGAUCAAAGUGACAAUGUGGGUGAAGAAACGGAAAAUGAAAAGGAUGGAACUCCAGCCGACUCCCCUGCCUGUAGCCUUAUUGGAGCGGUUGUGGACCAGGAGAGGGCAGUAGAAGGUGGAGAAGACCCACCCAAUGGAGAUCCCAGCCCCUCUGCACCACCGGCAGUGCCAGUCAAGCUGCUCACGCGGUUGGGAAGUUUGGAAGUAGCUGUACCGGUAGACCCUGGAAAGACCUCGCCCUCCUCGAAGACCUCGAUCCUGCCCAAAGAGACACCGUGGGGCCCUGAAACAGUGCGAGGACAGGGCUCCACACCAACAGGCUCACCCCACCUUGGUGUCCUGCAGCCUCAACUGCCCCCUAGCUGCAUCAUCGAGGAACUGCAUCGAGCCCUGGCCACCAAGCACCGGCAGGACAGUUUCCACAGCAAGGAGAUCCGUUUGUCGCCUAAACGGCGGUCAGAUGGGCGCCUCUCCCGCACUUCCAGCACAGAGAAGGAGUCAGCCGGGGAUGCAGAGAGCAAGAAGGAGUCCGACGAGAACAAGGAGAACCUGCGGCUGGAUGAGUAUUACAGCGACACCUCUGGACUGCUUCAUGACCAGGACAGCUGGAAUGAGUCUGUCAUCUCAGGAACGUUGCCGCGGAGGAUGAGGAAAGAGCUCCUGGCCAUCAAGCUAAGAAACCGACCCAGUAAGCAGGAACUGGAAGAUCGUAAUAUCUUCCCCACGCGCAGCGACCAGGAGAGGCAAGAGAUUCGACAGCAGAUUGAGAUGAAGCUUGCCAAGAGACUAAGCCAGCGCCCGGGUGUAGAAGAACUGGAAAGUCGAAAUAUUCUAAAACAAAGGAAUGACCAAACAGAGCAGGAGGAGAGACGGGAAAUCAAACAGCGGCUUAACAGAAAGCUCAACCAGAGACCCACAGUCGACGAGCUCCGGGAUAGAAAGAUCCUCAUCCGCUUCAGCGACUAUGUUGAAGUGGCCAAAGCUCAGGAUUACGACCGCCGUGCGGACAAGCCCUGGACCAGGCUGUCUGCUGCUGACAAGGCAGCAAUACGGAAGGAGCUGAAUGAAUUCAAAAGCAACGAGAUGGAGGUCCAUGCGUCGAGUAAGCACCUGACAAGGUUCCACAGGCCGUAACGGCGUCUCUUCCAUGAAGAGUGGCUUGAUCCUGUUCCGCCAACGAAGACCUUCAGAGGAUUCUUCAGAGUGGCCCGCCCUGCUCCGCCAAAUAUUUGGGUGCAGUAAAGCCUGGAGGCUGUGUCUCCAUGGGGGGCGCCACUUGAGAGGGCGUAAUACACUAGGAGCUCCACACCUGCUCAGACAGAGGUCUCCUGAAUUUUGCAGAGGAACAGAGUACAGCUCAGACCUUUGUUCGCUCUGUUUGCUCUUUGUCUCCAAGGCCAUUUUUUUGUACGGACUCUAAAGAAUAAAUGA